UCGAAAUGGUAAUUCAGCGAAGUUGGAAAAUACCCACCGAUAUGGGGGGUUCCCUAAACAGCAGCAACACCACAUUAGCAAACGAAACGCAGCAGCAGCAGCAGCGUUCCUCUCCAGGCAUGCAACUGCAGGCAGCCAACUCCUCCUCAGAUGACUCCGACUGCUCCAAUCAAACCACCCAUUCGAUGGACACGCGCGUGGCCAGUCCAGUGGAGCAAGUGAGAAAGCAGGCGGAGAAGGAUGCGGCGGCUGCAGAAUCCAACACCAUUACCUUGUCGCUUUUAGGCGAGUCCACAUCCUCGGAUGCGGAAACCUCACAGAAGUAUGUAACCACUCCUGAAAUGGCGGAAAACAUGUUGCAACGCAUUCGCCAGCGACUUGGAGGCUCACACAACAUGGAAAGUGGCGGCAGUGCCGAGUCCGCCAUGAGAGCUCUUGAACUUCUGAGGAUAAGUGUGCAGCAAGCCUUCGAUGCGGAGGUCAAUGAGAUAAUCAAACGUUAUAUGCAAAACUACUUUAAGCCCGCCUUUGGCAACAUCAAGGAGAAUCUCGGUCAGCAUUCAGUGAAUGAGGAAACCUUGCAAAAGAUGUCCUCGUGUGCUUUGCUGGAGAACGCCAAGGCUCAGUACACGAACUUUGUGCGCCAGCAUCGUUUGGUGCCUGCUGGUGGAGUUACAGAGCAGCAGCGUUUGUGCCUCAAACGCACAGCUAAGCAGGAGAUUAACACAAACAACAAAGUGAUUGCAGUGGCCAGCAAACCGAUGCCAUGCACAGCGACCACAGUCAACCAGUUGCCAACUCAGAAUCAACAACCUGCUGCUCAGAUUUUGCCAAUUCAACAACAGCCGGAGUUGCAAACUGUUCAGCCGCUGCAGCAGCAGCAGGAACCAAAUCAGGCACAAAAUCAGCAGCAGCAGCAACAGCAGCAGCAGCACCGCUCCACGGUUACACCGCUGGUGGGUGGCACUCUGCCCACGCCUGUGCGCCGCCAGAUAUUCUGGAACACUGCACAGAUCUCGACCAGCACCAAGUUCGUGCUGGAUGUGCAGGCCAACCUGGCCUUUGGCUUUGGCACCGACGGCAAGGAGCGUUUGGCCAGCAAGCAUCCGGAAUUGAUACGAUAUCUGCCGGAUGGGGAGGACCGGGAAUGGCUGGCCACUCGCGGAAUUAUUCCCGCCGAGAAUCGCAGCUCGCGGUUCUUGUUUCUCAUCUACGAUGAAGUUUGUCGGCUGCAGCAAACCCACGAGCUGUAUCGCCACAAAACCAACAUUGAUCUCAGCAUGAUGCUUACGUUUAGUGUCACCGAUGCCAUGAUACACAAGAUGCGGCUGUUCUUCGUGGAUCUGAAUAUCAAGAGUCGCGGGCUCAUAACCAACUCGUAUAUUAUGCCCAGCCAGCAGCAGCAGCAGCAGCAGCAGCAAUCGGGUAAUGCCAACAAUAGUCAUCUGCGGAAUGCUUUGCUUCAGGGCGCUUCAGCUCAGCAACAGCAGCAGCAGCAGCAGCAGCAGCAACAACAGAUAGCUACGCCACCGGCUGAGGAAAUAGUGUUAAAGGAACUGCCAGCUGCGUCGCCCACUCCUUGUUUGCAGGGUCAGGUGGUGGGCAGCACCACAACGCCGCUGAAGAAUAAGCUGGCGGCCAGUUCCACGCUCAGUUCCUCGCAUGCCACACUCACAGCGCUACUGAACAACGGAGGCGCCGUUGUGGGAACCGUUCCUCCGGGAAAUUCCACUCCCAGCAACAUAGGAAAAUUUAGAAACUAAGACCAGUCAAUUAGGUAUGUUGAUUAUGAUUUUUAUACCUACUAGAUUCUUACUGAAACUGGUGUAUAUUCAAAUCUCAAACAUUUUUAAUACACUUUUUUCUCUUUAUUUUCUAAAGAAAGCUUAACUAAGGUAUACAUUCAUAAAUCAUCGAAGCUUAAUUGUCAAAGCCAGAAAAAUGUAGAACUGUUUGAUUUUCUGAUUUUUUUUAGAAUAUUUAAAUGUCAAUCGCUGGAGCAACUUUUAAAUUGUUUAAUUUUUCUUAAAACGUUGUAAAAAUGAAUACGAUUUGCCAAAACUGUAAAACAUUUUCUAAGUUAGUUGUAGGUUUUGUUUUUUACCCACUUAAAAUGCUGUCUUAUAUAUUUUUUAAUUUAACAACUUGUUUGGAACACUUUUGUUUCUGUAAUUAAUAAAUAAAGAAGUUGAAAACUGUAUAAAAUUUUCUACUUGUUAGUAAAGUGCUUUAACACAUAAAUUUAAAUUUACAAAAUUCUCAAUUAUUUUUAAAGAUUUUGAACUUAAGGAGUACAUUAAUAAAUGAUAGAGGUUUAAAAGUCAAUUUCUAUACGAGAAUAAUGAGUUUGCCAAUUUUCAGAUAUUAUUUAAAUGUUUUUAAAAAUGAAUAAAGUUUGGAGAAAUUGUAAAACAUUUCCAACCUUAACCCACCCAAAAAACCAGACAAUUCCAAAUAAAUAUUUGAUGUUUAUUGAAACUCAA